UAAAAUUUGAAAUGUGAAUCUGUAUGAUCAAAUUUUUUAUAGUUUCAACAAAAAUUAUAUAUGAGUAUUACGCAGUAUUAUUAACUAGAAAUAUAAAUAUAUUUAGAUUCUCAAAUUUACCUUCUGUCAUGCCAUGGUAUGCUGUUAAAAAUGGAAUUAAACCUGGAAUAUAUUUAACAUGGGAUGACUGUAAACAAAUGGUUAAAGGUUUUUCAAAUGCAUCAUUCAAGAAAUUUAAUACAGAAAAUGAAGCACUGGAAUUUUUGCAUGGCAAUAAGAAUUCCCUUCAAACUGAAAAAGUCAUACUUAAGAAGGACAAUCAAUUUUUUAUCAAAAAUAAUCAGAAAAAAUUAAUAUCACCAAAAAGACAGAAACGAAAUAAAAAAUCUUUAGAUAUAAAUGAAGUAAACUAUGUGAAGGUUUAUGUUGAUGGAUGCUGUUUUUCUAAUGGAUUAGAUGGAGCUCGUGGUGGUAUAGGUGUUUAUUGGGGUCCAGAUGAUAUUAAAAAUGUCAGUGAACCUCUUUUUGAAAAUGAGAUUGAACUUAGUUCUUUUAAAAAUCUUGAAACACCUUGUAAUGCACCUGAUAAACCUACUAAUAACAAAGCAGAAAUUAAAGCAGCUCAUAUAGCUAUAUUACAAGCUAAAAGACUUGGAAUUGAAAACCUAGAAAUACAUACAGAUAGCCUUUUACUGAUUAAUUCAAUCACAAAGUGGAUGCCUAAAUGGAAAAGUUCAAACUGGAAAACAUCUGCUGGUACAAAUGUCAAAAAUAAAGUUGAACUUAUGACAUUGAGUGAUGAUAUUAAAGAAGGGAUUAAUAUAAGAUGGGUUUAUGUCAGAGGCCAUAUGGGUAAUAUAGGAAAUGAAGCUGCCGAUCGUUUAGCUAAAUUAGGCGCAUCAAAAUCUUAAUUCAAUUUUUUUUAGAUGCCAUUUUUAUUAAAAAUAAUAGUGUAUAUAAUAUUUUUGAUUUUAAUAUCGUAUAUGUUAUGUUUAAAUUAAAAUAUUUUACAUUAUAUUAAUGGGUACUUGGAUAAUAAUAAAAUAAUUUAUCUUUUA